GCCACACACAGCACAGCUGCAGCCUAAGAGUGCUCUUCUCCAUGGCUAGCGUCAGACAUCUCAUCUUACUUCUCUACUGUGAUGGGAUGAACACUGAAACAACCCCUUCCCCACAGUCUGAUCCUGUAAUUACAACACGAAAAGUUGUAUCCAAAGGUCAAAAUCAAGUCAUUAUUGAAGAGCUUGCAAUCCUGACACCCCAGGAUAUAGAGCUUUUAUGUAACCUAACUGAUAUACCAAAUAACCCUCCGUACAUUACUGGCUAUUGGACUAAAGAUGGACAAGAAAUUGAAAACUCUGAAGAAACUGUAAAUAGAAACAAUGAACAGUAUAUCCUUAAAAAGACUUUCAGUAUACAUGCCAGAGACCUGGGAAAUUAUUCCUGCAUCUUCAGAGAAAAUCAGGCACAAGUAACAUUUGUUUUAGAUGUUCCUGUAAUAAAAGACAAAAGAGACAAGCCGGUAGUGAGCUACACUGGAGAUUCAGUUGUACUGGAGUGUAAACUCAAACACACACCAAACACCUGGAACUGGUACAAGGCAAACAAUACUGAAAAGGAGCUCAUUAAUGUUACUGCAAACCCCCUGAACUACAAGAUCUUUAUUAAUGGAAAUGAAACAAAACUGACUGUACUGAAUCUGACUGAAGAAGAUUCUGGAAAGUACAUAUGCAGCGCUGAGUUUGAUAUCAAACCCAGCGAGUCUUACAUAGAGCUGAGGGUCUUGUCGUAUACUGAGCCUCUCAAACCCUUCAUUGCUAUAGUGGUUGAAGUCAUUGUCCUCGUCACACUGAUUUUGCUUUGGGAAAAAUGCAACAAGCCGCAAAAUGACAACUUUUCUGCAGGAGAGAAUGAUCUCUGCUCUGAACAAACCAGCAAUCUCACUCGUGAUGAGAGCAAUGGAGUGGAGAACAACACAGCAAGACAAAGAAAACUGGAGCACUGAGGUUUUCAUUUGAACAGUUGAAAAAAAAGUGUUUGAUUAUGUAAAAUCUUUUUAUUCUGCUUUAUGAUCUUGUGGCUUGAAUCACAUAAAGUAACAAGCAAGGUUUUUUGCCUAAAUUAAUUCAGCCACAGCAAUAUAUGUAAACAUAUAUGUGACC